AUAAUAUUGGAUUCCACGUCGAAGAGUCGCGAUGAUCUUGACGCAAGAGGAGAUCGACGCUUGCCGCGAGUCGUUUGUGCACUUUGACAGAGACGGCUCCGGGACCAUCGACAAGUAUGAGCUCGCCAAGGUGCUCGAGGCAAUGGGCCAGCGACCCACGGAAGAAGAGCUCUUCCAAAUGAUCUCCGAGGUCGACGAGGACCACAGCGGCGAGAUUGAGUUUUCCGAGUUCCUCCAAGUCAUUGAGCAGCAAAAGCUCCGCGCGCUCGAGUACGACGACGAGAGCGACUUUGUCGACGCGUUCGUCGCUUGCGGCGGCGGCCCCGACAAGCAAGGCCACGUCGAGCGCCGCGUGCUCGUCCAGCUCAUCAAGAAGGACUUUGGUCUCCCCAUCGACAUUGACAAGAUGCUCGACGAGCUCGACACGGACGGGUCGGGCGAGAUCGAGUACGACGAGUUCAAGGCGCUCCUCUCGCAGUGAAAACCGCGCCGUGAUGCGAUGCGAGCAAGCUCGACGCAGAUGACACAGUCGACGCAGCAGAAUAGAAAUGAGGAUAUAAGAUUGACCAAUUACUUGCGGGGCGGCGCAAUGUUCUGCGGCAACGCCUUACCGUAGCCGGACCGGAACGUCGUGCCCUGCGCACCUUCGUCGACGGG